CGCGGCUCAAACCCUCGGACACGAUCAGCAGCCAGACGACGAGGAGGAGAAUAGGAGGAGGCGACGGGGCUCCUGGUGGGAUGAGAACAUCCUCAUUCAUCCGUUUUUUGAAGCUGGAAUAACUUGUGUUCGUCUGAGACUCGGCCGUGUGACGGGAACCUGCAGGUUAAACUCAGGAGACGUUAUAUAAGGCGAAUAACGGACCCCGAUGAGAGCGCGCGUGUGACAGCGCAGCAGGGUUUGCCACCAUCACCGGAGAAGCGACAGAAGCUUCGGACCUCUUUUUUCAUCCCCCUCCCUCUGUGUUUGUGCGCUCAAAGGCGAUAAAUGCUAAUUCAUUCAAGUCGCUAGCUAGCUUGGAAGCCCCUGCCAAUGCUGCUCCAUUCACUGCGGUGUGCGUUGCGAUUUCAUUUAGCUAGGCGGCUAACCGGGGCGCAGAUGAGCUGAGUGCGUAGCGGAAUGAUUAACAGAAGAAACCUCCUCCAGACUGCCGCUGAUGGCUCAGAUUAAUUGUCUAUACUGGCUUCGUAAUUUUUCUGCGUGAUUCUCAGAUCCAGCCGCGCAGUCCGCCGUGUCCGCUCUCAUACCUGGCGGGGGCCCUGUAUCAUUCAUAAACUGUCCUGGACGCAAAAGAAUGGGCCCCGGUCUUAAUUUGGAAAACAAAGAAUUAGGCUACUGAAGAGGUUAAGCUGGUUAGAGAGGCUUGCUCUGGCUUCUUUUUUUAAGCACAGCUAGCAAGCUGUUUAACCAGUCAGUCGCCGAGUCUGGACCGUACUGCUCGCUGGUGUCUUUGCCCAUAUUUUUCUUGCGUGCUGGUUUUUGCGCCUCACCACAAUGGGUAGUCUUGCCGGGAGCGCCGGGGCGGUUGAAGUGGAGCCCAUGCCGGGCUACAUAGAGUUCAUCACCAGAUCCACCAUCGUCAUGCUGGACGCAUGGAGAGACUGUAGCAGCUGCGGUCUGGAGCUCAGCAAACGGACUUUCCUGGAUAACGCUUACAUUACCUGGACCGAAAUCGCCCUGUUUUUCUUUUGCGCCUAUUUGUGGACGAAGGUCAGGAGGGGACUGACAGAAAGUCUGUUUAAGCCUCUCGGACAGUGGUGUAGGCUGCUGCCCAAAGAUGCUGCCAAGAUGCCAGAGAGCGCGUGGAAGCUGGUCUUCUACACCAUGUCCUGGUCCUACAGCACCUACCUGCUCUUCUUCACCUCCUACUCCUAUUUCCAUGACCCGCCCUCUGUUUUCUACGACUGGAAGAGCGGUAUGUCAGUGCCUACAGACAUCGCCAUCGCCUACCUGAUCCAGGGCAGCUUCUACGGCCACUCCAUUUAUGCUACCAUCUAUAUGGACGCAUGGAGGAAGGACUCUGCUGUCAUGGUGGUGCACCACAUCAUCACGCUGGCGCUCAUCAGCUUCUCCUACGCAUUCAGAUACCACAACAUCGGGAUUCUAGUGUUAUUCCUGCACGACAUCAACGACAUCCAGCUGGAGUUCACCAAGCUCAACGUCUACCUGAAGUCCAGAGGAGGAGGCUAUUACCUGCUAAACGACGUGCUGUCCAACUUGGGCUCCGUCAGCUUCAGCAUCACUUGGUUCUGGUUCCGUCUGUACUGGUUCCCCCUCAAAGUCAUGUAUGCCACAUGUGUGUCCAGCCUCCAGUCCGUCCCCCACAUCCCCUUUUACUUCUUCUUCAAUGCGCUUCUCUUCGCCCUGCUUCUCAUGAACAUCUACUGGUUCUUGUUCAUUGUGAUGUUUGUAGUGAAGCUGUUGAAAGUAAAGGAGGUGAACGAUGUUAGGGAGUACGAGGACGAGGACAGCAGGAAGGAGCCUCUGGCAGAAAACAGCACUGAUGAUGCUGGACAUCACAACUCUGCACAGGGGAAACACGUGCAGAACGGGAUCACAAAGGAGAAGCAUUUAUAACAGGCCCUCCAUCGCCACCACCUGGCACUAGGCUGCUGGUACAUGCACGACAAAGACGCCCUCCUUCAACGUGGAGCAUGUUUUAAAGGCAGAGCAUCUUGAAAGGGAAACAUCGAGUCUGAUGACUUUUUACUCUCUGUAUUUGUUUUUAGAACAUUUCAAAUCAUCGCUGUCAUUUUGUUUCCAGAUUGGUUUAAUUGGAGCACUGUGAAUGUUAUUUCAGCCGACUUUUUGUCUUACUCUUGUUAACUUUACAUUUGACAGAUUCAGUAGAAGCGAGCGGUCUGAAUGAGAGUUGGACUGUGAUUGUCGCGUACAGUUGUGCAGGGCCUAUUGCACCCUGCACAGCACCGCAGCGCCCAGGCGAGGAAAGGUUUCGGCCUGUAAAUGGUUCUGUAGACAUUUAGAUAUUUAGUAAUUCCUAAUGAAUCGCUUCCUCCGUCUUACACCUCCGCCCGUCCUCUCUGACCUAUGAUAUGAGGAGGAAGGGCAAAAAACAAACAGCGUGGUGGUGUGAGAAAGCCUGCCUGGCCUUAUGGCCGCUUCACCACAUGUAUUGAUUUUCAUAUCAUCGCACAAGUCGGUGGCUGGGACCAGGCGGCUCUCGUUGCCUGCUUUCAAUUAGCUUGAUUUCAAAAAACCAGGCUGUGUGUGUGUGUGCGUGUGUGGAAAGUGGAUGUUUUUUAAUCUUUUGUUUCUCUUGUACUGACCAUCGCAGGCAUUAGGAAUAUCCACCUGUCAUUCCUGUACGGAAAGUUUAUUUGCUUUGUUUUUUAAAUUAUUUGUUCCCGUGUGUGUGUGUCUGUGUGUGUGUGUCGCAGAGCAUCUGUCGCUGACAUGAAGGCGUACAAGCUGAUUGCUGGUUUAAUGACUGCAAAUAGCUGGACUUGAUUGACUGGGUUUCAGAAUCAAAAGAUUUCAGGUGGUGGCGGCUAAAAAAAAAAAAGGAGCCAGUAAUAAUCAUGGAAAGACUGAAUGAUGAAAAACAAAACGUUAUGUAUGCGCAGAUUAUGGAAUUCAGAAAUGCAUGACAUCGGAAUGAUUUUGGAACUGCUAUGAAAUGAUCACGAAACAUCCUACAGCUGUGUAAUCAUGAAGUUUUUACUAACUCGUCCUAAAAGGGAUCUGUUUGUUUUCUUUGUGUUUUUUUGGCGCAGCGAGGCCACAGAACACACAAAUAUCCCAGAAACGUUUCCCCCAGCCUAAGGGAAGAUUUUUCUAUGAUUUGUAAUUUGAGCAUAUUAAUAACUUGAACUCGAGUGAAAGGGAACCGUUCCCUGAGUUUUCCCUCGCUGGUUUCCAGCUCGUACUUUAGUGGGAACGGCCGCUGUAGAAAAUAAGGGAUAUUUCUGUUUUUCCACCUUCUCGAUCAAAUUCAAGCGCUUGUUUGGAUGAACAGCAUGCUUGUGCUGCUGGAGCAGGCUGCAGAUGUCGUCUGUCCCUACGAGACGAUCCGCUUUGCUUUGUGUGUCUUCCACGCUCCUCGCAUCGUGUUUGGGGGGGUUAGAGCUAACUUAUUUGCUUUUCCUUAGUAUCUGUUAGUGCAGAUUAUCUGCGUUGAUUUAUUUUAAUUUGCUGCUGUUAUGUUUCCUGAGAGAGAGCACUGUUUGUAUUUCAGAUGUGUCGCUGUUUUUCCUGCUGUGUGCGAGUCACUGAUCGUGAUCUGACAGCCCAGGUCGGAUAUUUUCAGGGACUGGGGGGGGUUUGUCCAGCUACGUGGCAAACAUCUGGAUCUAGUCUCCGACCUCUUCCAUUUAAUCUGAAUGCUGGCUUGCACUCGUUUUACUGUAGUCAUGACACAUCUGUACUGCAGGUGACACGGUUGAUCCGACAUGUUGCUGUCCUUCUGCUUCAGCUGUGAGGCGAGACUAUCCAUAGUUUGCCGAUGAGCUCAGAAUGAAGUCUGCAGUAAACCCUCAAAAAUCCACGUCCUGGAUCAGGUGUGACUCGCCCCCUAAAGCCUGACGUGGCGCUCUCAGAAAGGUCUCUCCCACCGUGUCGUACAACUGCGCUGAUGUCUGUAACUGUUCUUGGAGUGGGCAGUAUGGUUAUGCAUAACACUAGCCAAUGUGCUAACUGCUUCCACCCUGGUUACUGUCCUUCAGAACCUCAUUGUGUUUUUAAUCAGUAAGUACAAAUUCUGAAUAUUAAAAAUGAUCAUUAUGACAGAUUUCACCCAUAUCGCCCCCCCGGCUCAGAGUUGACUAAAACCAUCCUGUCAACACUGGCUUACAGCUGAGGUCAUGUGACCUUGACCUCAUCACUCCCCAUCAGCGUACACUAAGAACAUCAGGGCGUGAUGUUAAAGUGUUUACAAACACAUCGUUAAACAGCAUAAACAGGACCGAGACGUUAGCAGCAGAGCCCGCUGUACGCUCUCACCUCAUCACCCCCAUUCCCUUAUGUUUAGGGGAGUGAUGAUAAAUUAAUGAAGGACCUCCUGUUGCAGGUGAUGAAAAGUAAAAUGAGGAUAUAUUUGGUCCCUGUAUGCAUACAGUCGCCAAAGCUUCAUAACUGACAGGGCGACCUUACUGAUGAGGUCCAAUCAGGUGUUUUUGUUGUUCAGGUAUGUUGGCUGGUUUGCAGUUACUAAAAAUGUUUUAGGGAGUGAGGACACAAAGGGUACUUUCCACAGACUCAUCAGUGUAACGGCAUCUUUGAGAAGUCACCUUAUUUAAGAGACUGCAGUAAGCGGAUUAUUACACGUUGAUCUCGGCACCUCAGCUUCGUCCUCGCCCAAUAAACAAACGACAAAAACGGCAUUCAGAUUGUUUCUGGUCAAUAUCGAAAGCUUUUUUUCCACCACUGAAAAAAAAAGGCAGGUAGAGUUAAUCAAAAUUUCAAUUGCAAAAAUAUGAAAUAAGAAAUUCAGUGGCAGAAACAAACUUUCAGAGACUGCCUCAAAGUUUUUGACCCAAAGCUUUGUCAUGAUUUGAUUGUGCCAAAAUUUCCACCCGAGCUGAUGAGGCGAGUGUCUGUGGGAGCUGGUGAGGAGCGAAGAGGAGCGCUAACAGAGCGACAGGGCCAGAAAAAGCCCUGCAGGUAUUUUUACGCAUUGCACUGUAAUUUAUUAGUAUUAUUUUUAUUGUUCAUCAGUAGCUCAAUAUUAAAAGGUGCAUUUAGCAAUUGUUACCAGUGUGACUGAAGGAUGAUUAAUUAAAUCUCUUAAUUUCAAAUGUGUUUUAACUUUGUUUUGGACCGUUGAUGCACAAAGAUGUAGAAAUGACCCCCGAGGUUUUCAGCUGAACUGAAUCUGGCCACUUUCUAAAACACGACUACUUGAUAAAAACAAACCUCAUACUUGCUUUUUUGUAAUACGAUUUUAAUACCAUUCAGCCAAUGUUAUCGUUUCUUUUUUUCUCAUUAAAUAAAACGUGGGUAAAGAACGA